CUUCAAAUAUUUGUUCGAGUUACGUUAGGUCUUUCUCUUCGAAUUUCAAGCAUUACAGGCUUGGAAUGAUUUUAGACUAGACUUUAUUUUAAACCAGAGGUUCCUUGGUUUUAAUUCAAGAGGAUUUAACACGAUCGCGGGUAAUUAAGCGUCCUACCGGCGUUUGCAAAGAAUCUUUGCGUUCGAAUGUCUUGUAUUAGUUGAUGACCGUUGCUGUUGACAAUCUGUAAGCUAAAGAUUGAUUUUUUUGCGAGAAGUCAAGAUGAAUAACAGUAGAGCUGAUGCACUUUUACAAUGGAUAAAUUCUGUAACUGGAAGUAAAGUAGUACAUCUGACUGAUGUUGCGACCCUAGAGAAUGUGGAAAUCCUAUCAAAAGUAGUGAAAUUGAUUGACAAGGAACACAAUGCACCCUUUCCAGUUGGUACAGUGGAGGAAAGAAUAUGUUAUAUCUCCAAUUAUCUGGAAGGGAUCUACCAUAGCAUAAAUGGCUUUAUUUCCUGUAAAAGUGUAGCUAAAGGAGAUGAACUAGAAAUUUGUAAACUCAUUAGUUUACUUCUAUGCGCAGCUGUGCUGCAGGGAAAUAAUGUGCCAUAUUUUAUUGAGAAAAUACACCAUCUAGAAGACAAAGUUCAACAUCAUUUGAAAGCUAUCAUUGAGACCAUGCUGUACAACACAGAGAAAGGAGAAUUGAAUGCCAAAUUACUCACAAAACUUCUUCAAGAAACAGAUACAUGUACUGUUAAAGAUGGAAAUGGAUUUUUCACAAGUCAGUCGCCAGUUUUCUCACCUGUUCCGCAUUCACCAGCAGAAACAGUUUACUCUAAUUCUCCUUUCUUGACGCUCAUGCAGUCACCUCAAAUGAAAAACAAACAAAAAGAGUUUAUUGUAAACAAACUGCACCAAAAAGUGAACACACUUCAAAUUGAUCUUGAAGCACAACAUCAUCUGCAGACAACUUUGGAAUUUGAACUUGCUGAAAAAAAUCAAGAUAUUGAUACCAAAAAUACAAAGAUCAGGCAAUUACAAAAAGAACUUGUGCAAGUUAAGAUGGUUGUAGAUGAACUUGAAUCGUUUCUGGUGUUUGUAGAUACAUGUACUGUUAAAGAUGGAAAUGGAUUUUUCACAAGUCAGUCGCCAGUUUUCUCACCUGUUCCGCAUUCACCAGCAGAAACAGUUUACUCUAAUUCUCCUUUCUUGACGCUCAUGCAGUCACCUCAAAUGAAAAACAAACAAAAAGAGUUUAUUGUAAACAAACUGCACCAAAAAGUGAACACACUUCAAAUUGAUCUUGAAGCACAACAUCAUCUGCAGACAACUUUGGAAUUUGAACUUGCUGAAAAAAAUCAAGAUAUUGAUACCAAAAAUACAAAGAUCAGGCAAUUACAAAAAGAACUUGUGCAAGUUAAGAUGGUUGUAGAUGAACUUGAAUCYCUGCAGCACUUCAAGAAUGACUAUGAAAAAGCUGAAAAAGAAAUCAACAAGCUGAAACAAAAAGUUGCAGAACUAGAAGAUUUUAAGCAGCAAACCUCUAAUCUUGAAGAAAGAACAGAGAUCUUCCUCAAGGAAAAAGAACUUUUUGAAAAACAGGUAGAAGAAAGCAAAGUGACUAAAGCAAGACUAGAGAGAUACAAGCAACAGGCACAUCACUUAGAGUUCCAAGCAAGUGAACUUCAAGCUGCUCUUCACAGAAGAGAAGAGGAAAUGGAAAAGAUCAUGAAAGAGAGAGAUGAGGCAUUAAGUGCUGCAUCUGAGUCUGCUGAAUUGUGGCGAUCUAGAAGACUGACAGAGCCUGAGGCUGAUGAUGAAGCUGAAUUCCAUCAGCUUGAAGGUUCACCAAUUCUUCAAGAAGCUCCUUCAAUCAAUCAAGAAUCCCGCUUGAUUGAAUUAGAAUUUCAAAAUGAACGACUCAAGAAACAGUUGGCYUCAUCAAUUGAACCUGAGAAACUCCAGCAAAUGAAAGAUAAACUCGAAGACACCGAACGAUCGAAAAAGUCUUAUGAAGAAAAGUACAUCCAAGCAACGUCUAAGAUCUUAGCCCUUGACGAUAGUCUAGCCCAAGUUCAGGAUCAAUCAAGAAUAAGACAAGAAGCCCUUCAAAGAAAACUCGAUGACUCAAAUAAGUUGUUGAAUGAUAACAGAGGCAAACUCGAAGAAUCUCGUAAAGAAAUAYCACGUCUUCAAUCUGAACUAAUGGUUUCACGGGGCGAAGUCGAAGCGCAUGUGAUCGCWUUGGAGAAACAACGUGUUACAACCAGCAAAGCAAUGGAUGACAUGGCUGCCGAAAGGAAAGUCUGCGAAGAAGAAGCUUCGCAAAAAUUGACUGAACUCCGUCGAGAACUGGAAUCCAGAGAAAAACAAGCUUUGACAAACUGCGAGAGAUUGAACAAAGAAUACGAUGCAAAAUUAAGAAAUAUCACUGAGGAAUUGCAAUCGAUUCAUAUGAAAGACCGAGAAGAAAUGCAACUCAAGAUACAAGAGAUGUGUAAAGAUAGAGAAAACUUAAAGACUCAAUUCACAACCAAAGAGGAAGAGCUCAAAAUGCUUGUCCAAAAAGCUGAAAGGGAUACAGUUGAAGUCAGAGAUGUCUAUGAAAACAUGCUAGCUGAAAUAAAGAAUGAACUAGAAAACGAAAUCCAGACAAAUAAAGAGUUGUCACAAACGUUGCAGCAGACUUGUGAGUCCAUGGAGAACAGAGUAAAUCAACUUGAGCAGGAGAAACAUCACCUCAUCGAAGACUUGGAAAAAGCAAAAGAAAAUGUCAACAAGUUAACUAAAGAAUAUUCAGAAAUGAACAAAGAAAUUGAACGUCGCAGCAAAGCCGAGAAAGUUUGGCAAGAAAAUGAACUAAAUAUCACUGAGGAAUUGCAAUCGAUUCAUAUGAAAGACCGAGAAGAAAUGCAACUCAAGAUACAAGAGAUGUGUAAAGAUAGAGAAAACUUAAAGACUCAAUUCACAACCAAAGAGGAAGAGCUCAAAAUGCUUGUCCAAAAAGCUGAAAGGGAUACAGUUGAAGUCAGAGAUGUCUAUGAAAACAUGCUAGCUGAAAUAAAGAAUGAACUAGAAAACGAAAUCCAGACAAAUAAAGAGUUGUCACAAACGUUGCAGCAGACUUGUGAGUCCAUGGAGAACAGAGUAAAUCAACUUGAGCAGGAGAAACUUCACCUCAUCGAAGACUUGGAAAAAGCAAAAGAAAAUGUCAACAAGUUAACUAAAGAAUAUUCAGAAAUGAACAAAGAAAUUGAACGUCGCAGCAAAGCCGAGAAAGUUUGGCAAGAAAAUGAACUCYUGUUSAAGAAGGAGAUUGAAACACUCAAAGCAGAAGAGGRYAAACUAAAAGAUGAAAAAGCAACGUUGAACYACGAYAUCUUGACUGUAAAAGAAUCAGCAGAAAAAAUAUUACAGGAAAAAAGUCUGCUGGAAACUGCGAUGGUAGAUGCCAAGGAAAAGGAAAACAUGAUGCUAGAAGAACAUACUCUCGCUUUGUCGUCUUUGGAAUUAAAUCAUGCCACUGAACUUGAGUCUAUCAUUGAGAAAAUAGAGAAAAAUAAUKAAGAAAYUAUGUCCAAAGCACAAACUAUCAACGACGAGUUAUCCAAGACAGRCGAGAGAAGCAUGGAACAAGUUGAUGAGCUGAGUAGAGAAAAGGAGGGCAUGAAGAAGUUGAUCGAAGAGAAAGUAAAUUGUAUUGAACAAAUGGAGGAGGAACUUGCACAAGUMAAAUCAGAGAAGGAACAGCAAAUUAAGAAAAUCCAAGAAYAGUUGGUAGAAAAGCAAAAUGAUUUUGAAAAAGAAAUUUCGAAAUUGAAGCUUCAAAACGAGGAGAAUUUAAAGAAACUUGAUGAAGAAAUGGCGAAGCUGGGAGCUACUUCAAAGGAAGAAAUUAAUAUGCUAAGAACGAAACAUGACGAAGAAAUAAAGAGUCUGCACAUAGACUUCAAAAAGAAGGACGAACAUUACGUGGAACGUAUUGCUGAACUGGAUAAKGAGAACAAAAAUGUAAUCAAAAACAUGAAUGAAGAAAUGAAAGAAAAGGAUGAAAAAGCCCAGCAAGAAAUCGCUCAACUCAAAUCUCAACAUGAAGAAGUGUUGAAGCAUCUCAAUGAAGAAAUAUCAAGGAAAGAUGAAGUCUCGAAACGAGAAAUAGCUGAUAGAAACAAGAGCCUUGAASAUUUGACAGAAAGCUUUACCAAACAAAAACAAGAUACAAAUGCUACAGAAAAACGCCUGCUGGAAAUGACGCGGGAGCGGAAUGAACUUGAAAAYGCAUUAGCGGAAGAAACGAAACAGUCCAAUGAGAAAAUAGAGGCGCUAUCGUUCCAGAGAGAACAGAUGAAAGCAGAGCACACCAGGGCUGUUCAAGAGAUGGUGAACAAUUCACAAGAGGAAAGACAAAAUCAUAAAAGGGAGAAAAGAGAUUUAAAAGAUCAAUUGGAUAAAGCUUGUCAUGGGCUUAAGGUUGCAGCGGAUAGCAUUGAAGAUUUUAAGACCAGAAUCGGAGAACUAGAACAGAACAUCGUUACCGAAAAGUCCAAAGUAAAAACACUGGAAGCUGASGUCGAAAAAGUAAAAGAACAGUCCAAGGAGAAGCAGAAGAAGAUAUUUGWUGAUGCCUCAAAAAKGAAUAGCGAAUUAGAAAAAGCGUUUGAGACAGACCGUCAAAAUUGGAAGAAGAAACUGGACGCUGCAUCAGAGGAAAACAUGGCCAUAAGAAGUGAAAUGUUUGAAAAUGCACAGAAACACUCAGCAGAGAUGAUGGAUCUUAGACGUGUUGUCCAGGAGAAAGAAGACAAAGCUGCAACCGAAGAGAGAAAACUUCGUGAAGAAAUACGAGCUUUUAUUGCAAAUCUUGCCAACGAAAGAGUGGCUAACAACGAACUCAAGGAAAAACUUCAACAAACAGAAAACGAGGCACGCGAAGUCGCUAAAACAAUGGAAACGAAAGACAAGAUGUUGAAUGAUGUAAAAGAUCAGCUGCAACACUCAGAAAGCAAAGAACACGAACUUGCUCAGACGUUGGACCUUAAAGAUAAAGAAUUAKACGAAAAGUGUCAGGAGUUGAAAGAUAAGGAGCUCUCUAAUCGUGAAGAGUUGGAAAAACUGAAAGUUGAUCUCGAAGCAGAGAAAAAUGCUAUCAAAGAACAAUUUGAAGAACAGAUUCGUGAAAAGUCUAAAGAGUCAUCUGAACUACAGCAAGAAAUUAAAGGAUACAAAGAKKAAAUCGAACACCWAACUAACGAGUUUCAGAAAGAGAGAGAGACAUCWCAAGAACAWUUCCAGAAACAGCUCGACGAGCAUUKUAACAGUCAAGAGGAACGCSUUAGGGAAAUCGAGCAGUUAAAGAAAGAAAUCGAAGAAUUAAAGAAYCAGAAAGACGAAGAAGRAGAACAAWACAAAUCAAGGGUUGAAGAAGAACAAAGUGKCCUACAAAAACAAAUAACAGAUCUUCAAAAGAAAUUGGAAGAAACCARUGGUCCAUUGAAAGAUCUAGAGACUUCAUUGGAAGCCAUGACCGAGGAAAGAGACAAAGCAAUCUCAGAACUCGAAAAGGCACAAGAAACCUGGAACGAAAAAGAGAACCAGCUGACUAAAGUGGUGUCCGAACUCGAAGACGAAUGUAAGAUUCUUCAAGAAAAGGAACAAGCUGUUGUGAGGGAUGAAGAAGAGCGGAAGACAAUUGCUGAACAAAUGGAAAAGUUAGAGCAAGAUAAUACAGAACUUGAAGAAAUACUGCAAGAAGAGAAGGCAACAAAUCGUCGUCUUUGCACGCAAGUUAACUCCCUGACAGCCCAAGUCAACCUUGCUGAUAGGCAACUAAGAGAACAGAAACAAUCCAUGGAAAAACUCCAAACUACUGAUGCCAAAAAGCCAAGAAGACAAUUUGUUAUUCCAGUUGAGAAUGUCCAUCAACUUUUAGACGAUGACUCUUCCACAGAUGACGAACCGCUACUGAAGAUAGAAGAACUUGCAGGAGGAAGCAGUUUAUCAUCUCUUUCCUCUGUUGGCUCUGACCUAGCCAAAUCAUCUACUUCAUUGAACAGUUUUUCCAGGUCAAGCUUGAGAAGCACUUUUGGCGGGCGUWCAGCUGCAAAUCGUCGACAGAGUGCAAUCUACCUCAAAGGAAGAACACCUCCAGAGAAGCGAACUACGGCAAGCGCAGCUUACUUCAUGGUGGGAGAUGAGUUUGCAAAAAACAUGGAAGACGAACCGUAUGAGUAUAAUUGGGAUAAACUGGGAGAAUUGGCGGAGGAAAAGGCUACGGAUUCCGAUAGACUUGCAGAGCUAGAAAGACGCAACACAAUUUGUAAACCUCACAUGAAAACAUCCUAUCCUAUUGAAACCCAAACCUGUCCAGAGGAAAACAAGAAACUGGUGAGUAGCAUCUCCGAGUCUGGCUACCGGACAAGACUGAAAAGAAAAUCAGACGAAUCCAUGKCAARCGAGGGGWCUGCGUCUAAACUGCGUAAAGACCAACAAACCUCGAAGUCAGAAAGUUCCCUAAAACGAAGCAAGUCGAAAAAAUUGACGGAAACCGUGGCUUCAAAAAUAAAUGCUUUGCGUUCUAGAUCAAAGGAAAAUGUUUCCAAAGAAACAGAGAAACAAGCUGCAGCGGGUAAUGUUGCCUUCAGCAUCGACAUCACACCACCAACAAAGAAAACCAAAUCUUCAUCAAAGGCUGGCACGUUACAAAAAGCAGAGUCCAAAAUAUCUAAAGAGAAUGAUUCGAAAGCACAAAAGCUUUCCSAAAGUAUGGCAUUUACUAUUGAAAAUUCGCCACCUAAAAACAAAAAGGUAGCCAGUGAGCUGAAGCCCAAACGSCAGCGUACAAUUAACCGAUCAACAGCCUCAACAAGACUCUUAUUUGAAAAGGACAAGGAAGUGGUUAAAGAGACCAAAAAGAAGGAAUAUUUGCGUAAAUCCAAUAGAAAGCCACUUCGCACAGCCAAUAAGAAGUAGGCUAGGCUGUUAUGUSUAUGAUAGUGAAUUUUUAAAUGUUGAAAGCAAAUUAAGGACGUGCAGUAGGGCUCGAAGGAUAUUACUUUGGUUUAAAUCGAGGACGAUUACAUAUAUGGCUUCCUGUUAAUAGCCUGAUAAACCCUUAUUAUAAAACAUUAUGAACACAGUCUUGCUAUACGAUAUUGGUGGAAAUAGAACAGAAAGUAUUGCACGACGAUAGCCUGCGUAGCGMCUAAGGGGACUGAGGAGGGCUGAGCAGAGAGUGAGAGUCAUAUUUAGUUUUCAUUCUCGGCCGGCSGGAAUUCAAAUCUCUCGAGUGCAAUAAAGAAGUGUCUUGUAAAUAAUUUUUGUGAUUAGCACGUUUGGUUAUUUUGUAAAUAAGCGUCGAGGUCUGACGAUCCCUGGUACUUUUUAUGGGCAAGUGUAACGGAAGAUUUUAGGAUAAAAUUAUAGUCACAAAAAUCCCCGUCGUUCAUCUUUUGAAAUGCAUUUUAAAUAAUAUAAUUUUGCACGCGGUGAUCUACACCCCACUUGAAAAGCAAGUUGCAUGCUCUGAAAUGUUUGUAUGAAAAAAAAAACACCAAUAAAUACUAUAAAAUCAA